AUGAGUUGUUGGAAAGAGGGUUCUGGCAUAGAAGCAUCACAUCUCAUCAACACUCCCAUUGCCACAGAUACUCGCCCAGACACGGAUGAACCUGGUUCUUCUCUAAAUCAGACCAUGCAUAGAGAUGUCACUGAAUCACUCUUGUAUUUCACUGCAAGUAGACCAGACAUCAUGCUCAGAGUUGGGUUCUGUGCAAGGUCUCAUUCAAAUCCAAACGAUUCUCAUCGAAAGGCUGGUGUAAGAAUUUUGAGAUAUCUUAGAGGAACUCAGGACCUGCAUCCUGCUGUGCUUAAGUGUUGUGGACCAAGAAGCAAAUUGGAAGAACUUGAGUCCAACUCAAGAGGGACAAAUAAAGUGACUACUGAAGAUCAAGUUGCAGACAUUUUUACCAAAAGCCCUGGGAAGAAAGCAUUCUGA